GUGGCCGGGCCGGGGGGCGGUGCCGGCGGCGCCGGGAGCUGCUGCGGGGCGGGACGGAGCUCGGCGCUCCCUCAGGAAGUUAUUUUAGAAGGAGAGAAUACAUCUGAGAAAGAAGAUGUCUCAUGCUGGGAGUCGAUACCAAGAUAAGCAAUACAGGCACCAUGAGAACCAUAGAUCUGAUAGGUACAAGGAAGAGAGAAGAACAAGAAAACCAUACCCAUACAAUGCAAGAGACAUCCGAGGUGGCCAGCACUCAAGGACUUCUACUGUUUGCUCAGACCCUUACUCUAAAACCUCAGGAGCAGCACAGGAGUAUUUUGGCCCACCACCAGAGUUUUAUCCUCCCAAGGAAAGCCUCUCAAUGAAGUGUUCGAAGUUUAGCAGAGAGGUGACCAAAGCUGCAUUGAGCUGUGCCUUCAGUCUCUGGGAAAUGCCAAACCUGCACUGGCAAGAGAUUUCUCCAUUUGAGAUGCCUUUCAGGACUGACUGCUGCUUUUGCAUUCUGAAGUUCGUGGAAAUCACGGUUAACCUCCUGGUGCUGAUUUGCGUGGGCGCUUCCCAAGCCUCCGUCGCAGGCUUCACGUCCCUCGGCGGCUUCGGAUCCUUUAACCUGAAUUCGUUCUACAGCCCCUUUGAGGGCACGGAGCUGCAGGAGGUGAGGGAGCUGGACAUGCAGUUCACCCAGAUGAGAGCCCCUUGCGUCUACGGCGGGGUGGCCUUCAGCUUGACGGCGGCCACGCUCACCCUCGUCUUCCUGGUCGUGGGGGCCAAGCCCAUCCAGCGGCUGCGGACGGGGCUGCUGGCGGGCGAAUGCGCCUUCGGCCUGCUGGCCGGCCUGGCGUACCUGGCGGCCGUGGGGCUCUACCUGCACUUCGUCCGGCGGGUGAACGCCACCGAGGUGUGCCGGAGGCGCGAGCGCCUCUACGCACGCCGCGGCUACACCUCCAUGAGCUGCGCCGUCCAGGGCGGCGACGCGGCCGUAGGCCUCUUCGGGGUCGUCGCCUCCUGCCUGUACUUCGCCAGCUUUGUGCUCUGCGUCCUCGCCAUCCGCACCGUCCGGGCCUUCCGGAGGCGCACGGCCCAGGCUCAGCACGGCCCCGAGGGCGGCGUUAGGGACAGAAGCGUCGGAAACCAGCACGGCGCGCACAGGGCCUCUGAAAGCUCCCGCGGCGUGCGGGCUCUCGCCACAUUAGUGUGAAAUCAGCUCUGGGACCGUGCCGGAGGACUGGGGCUUCAGCAAAGGAUGGGCACUGGCAAACAGGCAACCAGCCCACAGAAUGUUUUCCGACGCGGUGCUGAAGUGUGCAUUGAGUCACCGAUUAUAACCGUGCUGCUACAAAGGGACGCAGUAAAAGCGACAUUGAGUGACUGUUUCGACAAGGAUUUUUGCACCGGUCCCUCAAGCUGGACUCCUGCAUUUAAAAUGCGUUUGAUUGUAAUAUUUUCAUCCUGCACAGAGCAAAUCCAAGCAGCAGUGGGCUUUUAACAGGUUACAGCUGCGUUGCUGCCAAACUUGUGCUAACAAGCACUUCCUUUCCUCUCCCGUGACACAGGGAAUUGAACACACAGCUAGGACGGGCAGCUUUCAACAGAUCCUGUGCCUGUUGUGUGUCCUGUUCCUUUAUCCUAGAGUGCUUACAAAGCAAAGGACACCCGAGUGCCUCUCAGAAUCGUGUCCAAAGUUACACUUGUGACCUUUUUUGCCUGGGCUAGUGAAGCGUUUUAUCUUUUGAGUCACGGGGGUUGACACAUGCCGAUCAUGUGCUCCCUGAGGAAUGCCGCUGGGGGAAACUAGCUGCAAUGUCAAAGGCAGCAUUCAGGGUCCUUAUCCAGUUUCCUACUACAUUUUCUCAUCUCACUGAGCACUGGUGAGAACCUGAGAUGCAUCACACUGGUCCGGUAUCAGCUUACUAAAGCUACCGUUUGUUUCUGCAAGCACCUAAACAGGGUUUGGCUUGCCACGGGUGGGCAGAGCCUGAAUCGGGAACAUGCUGUCUGCCCUGGGAAUGCUGUAACAAUGACAGAAAGUGCAUGUGUCCUUCCAAUAUCUAAACAGGCAAAGCAUGAGUGAACAGCAGUAAUUGUAUGCCCCAGGGUUGAGAAAAUAAAUUUAAGAGAACAUC